AUGAAAGCUUGGACGAAAAUAUCUAUUUUAUCUGUGAUACUUUGCCUGUACAUUGUAAUUGGCGGUGUUGUAUUUAUGUACUUGGAGCAAGGAGAGUCAACGAGAGCGCAAGCAGAAUUGUUCGACUUUGUAAAGAAGUUUCUGGCAAACAACAGCGAGUGUGGCAUAGAUAUCAAUGCGACGAAACGAAUGCUAAAAGACCUAGAGAUAGCCAGGCUAAACCAUGCAGAUAUUACUUUUGGUGGUCACCCGGCUGAGAUGAUGCAGGUAUGGUCCUUGCAAAAUGCUGUCGUCCUUUGUUUUACGAUAGUGACCACAAUGGGAUUCGGUUGGAUUACACCUAGGUCAUUUGGAGGUCAAAUGUUUUGCAUUUGUUAUGCAAUAAUUGGAAUUCCUCUGGAGGGAUACAUGCUAUCUGUUAUUGGCGACACAUUCCACUUCCUGUUUUUGAAAUGCUCCAAUCUGUUCGGAAAGGGUGUAGCGCGUAUCAAGUCAAAGCGAUGGCGAGGUAUCAUUGGUUCAUUUGCAAUCAUUGCCACCAUGUGGGCUUUCCUCAUAAUAAUUCCCGCAGCCAUUUUUAUGCAAACGGAGAACUGGUCCUUUCAGACGGCGCAAUAUUUCAACGUGGUUUCACUGACGACCAUUGGCUUUGGUGAUGUUACUCCUUCGCACGUAGGUCUUCCACUAAUGCAGCAGACCUUUUUCACCGAAUAUGCUUACAAGCUUGGGGUCAUGCUCUACAUGUUCCUCAGUAUGGCGAGUAUUUGCAUCGUGUAUGUCGGUGUCUGGCGCUCUCAGAAGAAGAAUAUGAAAAGGGCCGUUAGCAGUACUCGACUUUGUCUGAUGAAACGCGGGAUUGGAAAGAACAGCACCAGUCAGACUAUUGAAUAA